UUUAAUUGCCAAUGCUUGAUUGAAUUGAUGUUCUAUAAGAUAGCUUCCUGCUUUAAUCACGCAAAGAUGAACCGAGUAUAUUAAUAUCUCCAUAUAUAUUUGAUACAAUAUUGUAUUUAAACAACAAGGAAUAACAAGAGGCGUCAAUUUAACGUUGGUUGGCAAAAACUGUCGAAAACAUUAGAAUGGCGGACUGUAGCAAGACUCGGAUAAUGGCAAUCGCAUUAGGUGUUCUUUGCCUGACAUUUGCUGUGGUCAUAGCCGUAUUCAUUUACAGGGAAUUAAGACAUAAAGAAAGGGAGAUCAACGCUGACAACAUCAACUCCUUCUUCCCGGCGUACUUCCGAUCCCCCGAUGAGCAGCUGCUAUAUGAGAGAAGAUACAUGAGCGGCUUCACAACCAGAACUGUCGUGGAGCCAAGCAUAUCUAAUUUAAAUGUGACAUGCGGUUUUAGCUGCGGAAGGGCAUUAGCAGGCAAAAAACGAAAGAAGCGACAAUUGGCCGCCGUGGAACACGGAUGUUGUAAAUCGAACGUAGCAUUUAUUGCUCCUAAAAAAAGAAUUAAUGUGAAUGGACGUGAACGAACUCUUCUGCAGUUUGAUACAAAAGGCAGUACUUCGCCGUACACAGAUGCACUGCGUUGCUCUUCUGUGAAGGUUGCCAAUGUUCGCAGGAGAACGGUAUGUAUAUCGGCGUUGCUGUGA